AUGAAACAACUUACACUUAUCAUUAUUUUCACUACCAUUGUUAUUUCAGCAAUCGCAAUAUCACUUAUUGCUUACUUUGUACAGCAUUCUAAAACACAUGAAGUUGCACCAAUUAGUACAUUGAACACAACAACAAUCUCUAAUGGUAGUAAUAAUAGUCAAUCAACAAAUAGUUUUACUACAAAAACAAAUCAAUUCAGCAAUCCAACAACAAGUACAUCAUACUCAGUAAAAGACUCGACGUCUAGUAUAUCGACAUAUACACCGGUAACGGCCUCAACAAAGAAUGCUCAAAGCCAAACAGCUAUUGUAUCUUCCACAUCACUUACAGAUUUGACAAGUAAUAAUAAUGUGUUGUCUGAAACUAUGACAACAGAGAAUUCUAAAUUUCCAUCAACAAUAUUGAGUACGGGUCAUUCUCAGUCGUUACUAACAAGUAUAAUUACGGGUAGUUCUCAGACAUCAACUCCAACCAUUACAACAGAUUAUUCAACAAGCAGCUCGUAUCUAAUCAGUUCAAGUGACAGCAGUGCACAAUCAACAACAGUUUCCAUGAGUGUAACAACAACAACAGUGAAGACAGAUAUGUCAACAACGAUAGGAAUAACCAGUACGCAAGUUACAAAUAAUCCAUCAUCUAUGCAAAUCACUAGCACAAUGAUGAAUAACAACAUUCAAACAUCGACUUCUAAUCAAUCAGCCUUUUGGAAUAUAGAUAUGCCGCUUAACUACGGACGAUCUAAGUUUGCAAGUACAUUAUUAGCAAAUGGACAAUUUCUUGUAACUGGAGGUCUCGUUAAUUCCAGUACAAGAAUUUCACAGGCUGAAGUUUAUACAUCAACCGGAUGGCUACCUGUAGCUUCGAUGAUAGCAACACGUGCUACCCAUACUGUUACUGCUUUUGCAAAUAAUACUAAAGUAUUAGUUGCUGGUAGUGACACUUCAUCCAAUUUACAUACUGCCGAAGUAUAUGAUAUUGUAAGAAAUACAUGGAACUUAAUAGCAAACAAUCUGUCAGGUAAUCGUGAUUCACACACAGCUACACUACUUGCAAAUGGACAAAUACUCAUUGCAGGCGGAUGGAGCAUUUCACAUAUAAGUACAUCUGCAGUCGAGCUUUAUAUUCCAUCAUCAAACUCAUUUAUUAACACAACUAAUAUGAAUAUAGCACGAUCUUAUUUUACAAGUACGCUUUUUAGUGAUGGAUUUACUGUACUUGUUACAGGAGGUAUUAAUGCUAGUAGUUCUCUCGUUUCAACAGCAGAACUUUAUAUUAAUGGCUCUUGGAUUCUCUUAGCCAGUAAUAUGAAUCAAAGUCGAGCUUAUCAUGCUGCUGUAUUAUUAAAUGAUGGAACUGUAUUAAUUGCAGGUGGAGGUGACGGUACAUCAAAUUCAUUCUUAACUGCUGAGAUUUAUAAUCCAAUAUCACAAACGUUUACAACUGUUGGAUCAAUGCAGUAUCGUCGAGGAUUAUUAACACUUACACUUCUACCAUCAGGUAAAGUAUUAGCAGUUGGUGGUGCUGAUUGGACAACAACUACAUAUCCACUCGUAUGUGAAUUAUAUGAUCCUGUAACAAGAAGUUGGUCAAGUACACUGAUGUUAAAUCAUGGAAGAAAUUAUCAUCAAACUGUUUUAUUAAAUAAUUUUGUAUUAACUACUGGUGGUUAUGAUGGAAACAAUAAUAGAAUUACUAUUACUGAAAAAUAUAAUUUAUGA